AUGAUGAAAGGCUUAUCUGGCAGUCGCAGUCACCAUCAUGGGGUUGCCUGUGAACCUGUAUGUGACUCUAUGGUACAUCACUCAGAUAGGAAGCCAUAUUUGUUAAAUCCUGUGGACCAUCAUCCUGCAGAUCAUACUUACUAUACUCAAAGAAACUCUUUUCAAGGAGAAUGCAUGGUUCCAUACAACGAUCAGAUUGCUAGCAGCACAUUUCCUCGGAGACAUUAUAAUUCCCACAAUGAACUUAAGGAUGAAUGUGCUUUGGUGCCACAUGGAACAACCAAUAAAGGUAAUCGCAUCCCUGCCAAUCUUUUGGACCAGUUCGAAAGGCAGCUUCCUCUUAAUCGAGAUGGCUACCAUACUUUACAGUACAAAAGGACUGCUGUAGAACAUCGUAGUGAUAGUCCAGGAAGGAUCCGCCACUUGGUUCAUUCUGUUCAAAAGCUUUUCACAAAAUCUCAUUCUCUUGAAGGCCCAUCAAAGGGCAGCAUCAAUGGAGGCAAAGCAAGCCCAGAGGACACACAGACUAUAAGAUAUGGCAAACGUAGCAAAAGUAAAGAUAGAAGAUCAGAUGGAAAAUCCAGGUCAAAUGCAUCUGGAUGGUGGAGCUCAGAUGACAACUUGGAUAACGAUGUUUGCAUUUACCAUGGACCAAGUGGGAUAAUGACUAUGGGAAGAUGUCCUGACCGUUCCACUUCUCAGUACUUUAUGGAAGCCUAUAAUACUCUUAGUGAACAUACUGUAAAGCCUUCCAGAAGCAAUAAUGAUGUUAAAUGCUCUACCUGUGCAAACCUGCCUGUAAAUUUGGAUGCUCAGUUAAUGAAAAAAAGCUCUUGGUCCUCUACUCUGACAGUGAGCAGAGCUCGUGAAGUUUAUCAAAAAGCUUCCAUGAACAUGGACCAGACAGUGGUGAAAUCAGAGACUUGUCAACAGGAGCGGUCUUGCCAAUAUCUUCAGGUUCCUCAAGAUGAAUGGUCUGGAUACACUCCUCGUGGCAAAGAUGAUGAGAUUCCAUGUCGACGAAUGCGUAGCGGCAGCUACAUUAAAGCCAUGGGAGAUGAUGACAGUGGGGACUCUGACACCAGCCCAAAGCCAUCUCCAAAGAUUGCUGCGCGCAGAGAGAGCUACCUUAAAGCCACCCAGCCAUCACUUACAGAGCUCACAACCCUCAAGAUAUCUAGCGAACAUUCUCCAAAGCUCCAAAUCCGAAGCCACAGUUACUUGAGGGCAGUGAGUGAAGUUUCGAUCAACAGGAGUUUGGAUAGCUUGGACCCUGCGGCUCUGCUUACGUCUCCUAAGUUCCGUUCCCGGAAUGAGAGCUACAUGAGGGCGAUGAGCACUAUUAGUCAGGUGAGUGAGAUGGAAGUAAAUGGCCAGUUUGAAUCAGUCUGUGAGUCUGUAUUCAGCGAACUAGAGUCUCAGGCAGUAGAGGCCCUGGAUCUGCCAAUGCCUGGGUGUUUCCGCAUGAGGAGCCACAGUUAUGUGAGAGCAAUUGAAAAGGGCUGUUCCCAAGAUGAUGAAUGUCUGUCUUUGAGAUCCUCAUCUCCACCUCGCACAACCACCACUGUGAGGACCAUCCAAAGCAGCACUGGUAAAAUUUACCUGUCUUCCUCAGUCUGGUUUUCCUCUUGCAUUACAACCUAUAAGAAGACACCACCUCCUGUCCCACCAAGAACCACCACCAAACCUUUUAUCUCCAUCACAGCCCAGAGCAGCACAGAAUCUGCCCAAGAUGCCUACAUGGAUGGACACGGACCAAGGGGAGAUAUCAGUCAGUCAGGACUUAGCAAUUCUACGGAAAGCUUGGACAGUAUGAAGGCACUCACUGCUGCUAUUGAAGCAGCUAACGCACAGAUCCAUGGUCCUGCCAGUCAACAUAUGGGCAACAACACAGCUACUGUUACCACCACUACCACCAUUGCGACAGUAACUGCAGAUGACAGAAAGAGAGAUCAUUUCAAGAAAAACAGAUGUCUGUCCAUUGGAAUACAGGUUGAUGGUGGAGAGGAAUCCUCUAGCUCCAGUGAGUCCAGAGUGUGCAGUAAGUUCCAAUCCAUAGGUGUUCAAGUAGAGGAGGAGAAAUGUUUCCGCAGGUUUACCCGGUCAAAUAGUGUUACAACAGCUGUUCAGGCAGACAUGGAUUUCCAUGAGAACUUUGAAAUGUCCAUGGACCCUCAAGAAGAUCAAUCAUAUCCUGGGCCAAUGUCAAGACAAUAUUCUCGAGAUAUCAGCACUUCCACUGUUAGCAUACAGGGCUCAGGAAACCAUUAUCAUGCAUGUGCGGUAGAUGAUGACUUUGACACUGAUUUUGAUCCUUCCAUUUUACCUCCACCGGAUCCUUGGAUUGAUUCUAUAACUGAAGAUCCAAUUGAAGCUGUUCAAAGGUCAGUGUGCCAUAGAGAUGGACACUGGUUCCUGAAGCUUCUUCAAGCAGAGAGAGAGCGUAUGGAAGGUUGGUGCCAACAAAUGGAGAGAGAAGAACAAGAAAAUCAUCUUCCAGAAGAAAUUUUAGGUAAAAUUCGAACUGCAGUUGGUAGUGCCCAGCUUCUCAUGGCUCAGAAAUUUUACCAGUUCAGAGAACUGUGUGAAGAAAAUCUGAAUCCCAAUGCACAUCCGAGACCGGCCUCCCAAGAUUUAGCAGGGUUUUGGGAUAUGCUGCAGUUGUCCAUAGAAAAUAUUAGUAUGAAAUUUGAUGAACUUCAUCAGUUAAAGGCCAAUAAUUGGAAACAGAUGGAUCUACAUGACAAGAAGGAGAGAAGGGCCCCUCCUCCAGUGCCAAAGAAGCCUUCGAAAGGUCAGGUGCCACUCAUUCGGGAACGCUCUUUGGAGAGCUCACAGCGUCAGGAGGCCCGGAAACGGCUGAUGGCUGCCAAACGAGCUGCAUCGGUUCGUCAGAACUCAGCCACUGAAAGCGCCGAAAGCAUUGAGAUUUACAUCCCCGAAGCCCAGACCAGGCUAUGA